CUGAUGAAAUAUGUAUAGGAAUAAGCUAGUGCUUGUGUGAUGAUUGUUUGUUUUGUGUAAUUUAGUAACAAAGAGCAGAAUAACAGUAUAAAUAUUGGUGCCGAAUUUAAACGGUGGAAAACUUUAAAAAAACAGAAGGGUAUGAAGAGUGAUGUGGAACUGGCAGCUUUUCUUCUGAACAGGGUUCAAUUUGAGAAAUUAGAUUCAGACUUCGAUAACUACAGCCGCAAGAACUUCAAAGAAAAUCUCCUCGAGAUCUUCCAGGCUCUUGAGAACAAAAUAAUCAUAUUUGUGAAAAAUGAGCUAGAAAGGUUUAAGAAAAUAUUAAAAAAAGAGAACACACAGUACUUUGUGGAGGACUUUAUAGGGGAUAUGUGCAGUAUCAAAGAAGCAGCUCUUGAUCUCACACUCUACUUCCUGAAAUAUAUGAAGCAAGAUGAAGCUGCCAAUAUUCUACGAGAUGCCCUGGUCUUCAUUCAUCAACAACGGCUAAUAUCUCGCCUGACGAAGAAGUAUGAAUCUGUAUCUGAAGGAAUUGCUAAGCAUGGCGACUCUACACUUCUGAAUAACAUCUACACAGAUCUCUAUAUCACUCAGGGUUGUAGUGAACAGAUCAAUACUGAACAUGAGGUGAGACAGAUUGAAGUUGCUUCCAGAUAUUAUGAAUUCCAAGAGAUACAGAUUAAAUGCACAAAUUUGUUUGAAUCAACUGAACAAGACAAGCAGAUCAGAACUGUACUGACAAAAGGAGUUGCUGGCAUCGGAAAAUCAGUCUCUGUGCAAAAGGUUAUUUUGGACUGGGCUAAAAGGUUAGAAAAGGACAAAAAAGAAAAGGACAAAAAAGAAAAGGACAAAAGAGAAAAGGACAAAAUGAACUUAAUAGAGAAGGAAAAGCAAAGUUUGAUGGACCUUAUAACUCAGUUUUUCCCAGAGACGAAAGGACUGAACCUUACAAAAAGUGAUCAAUUCAAAGUCCUGUUCAUCCUUGAUGGAUGUGUCAUGAUGUAUCAUUUCUGCUGGAUUUCAGCCACUGUUCUCCAGAACAUUUUGGAAGAGAAAAGAAAUAAAGAUGUGAGAAACAAUCAGGCUGAUGACGUCUCCAAAACACAGCAGAAAUCAAACACUGAAGACACUCCCAAGACUCUGACACAAAUGUACACACACUUUCUCCGCUUUCAGAUCCUGCAGAACAGCCGAAAGUAUGAUGGAAAAUGCACACUAGAUGUUUCCUGGGAUAAAGACGCCAUCUUUUCAUUGGGGAAACUGGCAUUUCAUCAGCUGGAAAUGAACAACCUGAUCUUUUGUGAUGCAGACAUGAAAGCCAGUGGUAUUGACGUCUCUAAAGCAUCAAUGUAUUCAGGCAUGUGUACCCAGAUCUUUAAGGAGGAAACGGGGAUCAUUGUGGGUACCAUGUACUGCUUUGUUCACUUGAGCAUUCAAGAGUUUAUUGCAGCCCUUUAUGCACAUCUGUUUCUAGACAUCAACAAGAAAAGUGUGUUUGUUCAAGACUCUGCAGAACAGGAAAACAAAAGUGAAACCAUGAUUGAUUUGCUCAAGACUGCAGUGGACAAGGCACUAGAGAGUGAUAAUGGACAGCUAGAUCUUUUCCUUCGCUUCCUUCUCGGUCUGUCACUCCAGUCCAAUCAGAGACUCUUACGAGGUCUGUUGACACAGCAAGACGACAAUGACCAGAUCAAAGAGGAAAUAGUUCAGUACAUCAAGCAGAAAUUAGAAGCUAAUCUGUCUCCAGAGAGAUCCAUCAAUCUGUUCUACUGUCUGAAUGAACUGAACGACCAAACUCUGGUGAAAGACAUUCAGACCCACCUUAGAGAAGGAAGUCUCUCAUCUGUUGACCUUUCACCUGCCCAGUGGUCUGCUUUGGCCUUUGUGUUGUUGACAUCAGAGGAGGAGAUGGAGGAAUUUGAACUUCAGAAAUUCAAGAAAUCAGACGAGUGUCUCGUUAGACUAUCAGCAGUCAUCAAAACCUGCAAAAGAGCUCUGUAA